CGUGAGUCUUCUGGGAUGGACUCUGAAGCCUCAAACCAAGAGAGUCUCUGGAUGGUCGCCAGAUUCGUGUGGACCACGCGGGCAAGUCAGCCCGAGGAACAAGAGGAGGGGGUACCUUUGGGUCCUAUGGGCGUGGUCGUGGCUACCCUAGAGGUGGUGGAGACCAGGGCUAUGGAGGUGGCAGGUAUGACAGUCGACCUGGAGGAUAUGGAUACGGAUAUGGAUAUGGAAGGUCCAGAGACUAUGGCGGCAGAAGCCAGGGUGGUUAUGACCGCUACUCAGGAGGAAAUUACAGGGACAAUUACGACAACUGAAAUGAGGCAUACACGCCUAAUAUGCACAAGGAAUAAAACUUCUGAUCCAGGACCUUCCUUCCAAAUGGCUGUGUUUAUAAAGAUAUUUGGAGCUGCACUGAAACAAUUGGGGGUUUUUUAAGUACAUCAAGCUUUUUUUUUUUUAAUUGAGCUCCCAAGGUAGCUUGUUCAGAAAGCUCCAUGUUUUUUUUCUAAAAAUUUCCUGUUUAAAGACAAAUUCUGAGACAUCUGUAGUGUCUGGGUGAUUUUUUCUUUUUACCAGUUGUUUUAAUUCAGGCUCUCAGGAUUAUCAAAAAUGUUUGGCCAGACUGAUUUUUUUUGAAGAUAAUGUGCAUCUAGGAGCAUUUAAAAAACCUGUAUGCAAUGUUUUCAGUUGUCAUUAGAAAGCAAUUUACCACUGUAACUAAGAAAUGAAGAACAUAAUUACUUAGGGGUACUUUUUACUCCAGAUAUCUGCCUUCGUUAUAUAGAAGUUUCUUAAAAAUAUUUGUACGUCAGUUUUUGAUACUGGAAGAAAAAAAUAUCCUGUUAUGUUUCAUGUAGUGUUUAGGAUGUCUUUCAUGGAGUUGAUUAAAAAGAUGAAACCUGAAAAAACAAA